AUGGAUGCCCUUGCGCCGCCCCGAGGCCUCGCACACGCCGACGACGCAAUGGAGAUCGACGACCACCCCUUCCCCUCAACACAAUACAUAGACGCGAAGCCGAGGCUGUCCUACUCGCGGGGCCUGCCAAGCCAACCUUAUCCAGGUCAACCUCCUCGCUGGCGCCCUGGCCCACCGUGCGGCGACGCCAACAGCGCCUUGAUCGACCGAGACAUGAAGGCGAUCGAGAAGAACUUCGACUACCUCAAUAUCUCCCGCAAUUCGUUCGAAACCGCUGCGAAGGCGCUCAGCGCGACGAAAACAGAUGGCUGGAACAAGUGGAAAUACGACAUGCGCGACGGGGCCCAGCCCGUGCUCCCUUACAUGGUCAUCGCCCCCACGAAUAUCCUCAAAGACCUCAAUUUCAUGACUAAAAACAAGUUCUCCCUUGUCGUCAUCUUGCGCGACAAGAGCAUGGCCCACUUCCCUUGGACCACCACCGACGCGGCCUGUGCCAACUUGCCCGGCGUAGAUGUCUUGAAGGCCGUGGUUGAACAUAACUCUCGGUUUGCUCAGUUUGAACUGCUGGAGUACAACGAGCGUAGGAAUAAGAAGUCUGCGAACUGGAACUCCGAGAGCUGGAAUGCCAGGAACGGGCUGCAAAAGAUUAUUAGCAUCCUCGUCAACCACAGAAUCAGCGCCGAAGAGGAGAGGGUCAAACAACAAAUCAAUGCCGAAGGUGACAACGAGCCCACCGAGAGAUUCCUGAUCACCUGCGCCUCGGGCAACCACUGGAGCCCUAUCGUCGUUGCCGCUUACAUCAUGGCCGUGUUUGACAUGUCCAGUGUCGAUGCGGGCAAGUUUAUCUUGCAGUAUCGUUUGUCCUGCAAUGACCUUGAUAUUAGCAGUAAACUGGAAGCGUGGGAGCAACUACUAAAGGCCGCGGGCGACGUUACGGCAUCCGGCACAAGCAUUGAGGACCAACAGAAUCGACAGAAAUUCAAGCGUGCUCCGGACUCCGACUUGGACCAAUUCCAUGGAAGAGAGGCUUUAGCCCCCUUCAUAUAG